AUGGGGGGUGGCCGGAAAGAGAAGGGAUACAGGGCACGGUACCUGCAGGUUGAGGUACAGAGAAGGGGUACCCAGAUAACCGGGAGCAGUAGCACGGAGCAGAUAACAGAGGGCAGAAGGAAGAUAACAACAGCAGCGAGCAAGGAACACGUAGCAGCGAGCAAGGAACACGAAGUACCGAGCAAGGAACACGUAGUAGCGAGCAAGGAACACGUAGCAGCGAGCAAAGAACACGUAGCAGCGAGCAAGAAACAUGAAGUAGCGAGCAAGGAACACGUAGCAGCGAGCAAGGAACACGAAGUAGCGAGCAAGGAACACGUAGCAGCGAGCAAGGAACACGUAGCAGCGAGCAAGAAACACGAAGUAGCGAGCAAGGAACACGUAGCAGCGAGCAAGGAACACGAAGUAGCGAGCAAGGAACACGUAGCAGCGAGCAAGGAACACGUAGCAGCGAGCAAGGAACACAUAGCAGCGAGCAAGGAACACGUAGCAGCGAGCAAGGAACACGUAGCAGCGAACAAGGAACACGUAGCAGCGAGCAAGGAACACGAAGUAGCGAGCAAGGAACACGUAGCAGUGAGCAAGGAAUACGAAGUAGCGAGCAAGGAACACGUAGCAGCGAGCAAGGAACACGUAGCAGCGAACAAGGAACAUGUAGCAGCGAGCAAGGAACACGAAGUAGCGAGCAAGGAACACGUAGCAGCGAGCAAGGAAUACGAAGUAGCGAGCAAGGAACACGUAGCAGCGAGCAAGGAACCCGUAGCAGCGAACAAGGAACACGAAGUAGCGAGCAAGGAACACGUAGCAGCGAGCAAGGAACACGAAGUAGCGAGCAAGGAACACGUAGCAGCGAGCAAGGAACACGUAGCAGCGAGCAAGGAACACGUAGCAGCGAGCAAGGAACACGUAGCAGCGAGCAAGGAACACAUAGCAGCGAGCAAGGAACACGUAGCAGCGAGCAAGGAACACGUAGCAGCGAACAAGGAACAUGUAGCAGCGAGCAAGGAACACGAAGUAGCGAGCAAGGAACACGUAGCAGUGAGCAAGGAAUACGAAGUAGCGAGCAAGGAACACGUAGCAGCGAGCAAGGAACACGUAGCAGCGAACAAGGAACAUGUAGCAGCGAGCAAGGAACACGAAGUAGCGAGCAAGGAGCACGUAGCAGCGAGCAAGGAAUACGAAGUAGCGAGCAAGGAACACGUAGCAGCGAGCAAGGAACCCGUAGCAGCGAACAAGGAACACGAAGUAGCGAGCAAGGAACACAUAGCAGCGAGCAAGGAACACAUAGCAGCGAGCAAGGAACACAUAGCAGCGAGCAAGGAACACAUCGCAGCGAGCAAGGAACACGUAGCAGCGAGCAAGGAACACGUAGCAGCGAGCAAGGAACACGUAGCAGCGAGCAAGGAACACGUAGCAGCGAGCAAGGAACACGUAGCAGCGAGCAAGCAGCGAGCAAGGAACAUAUCGCAGCGAGCAAGGAACACAUCGCAGCGAACAAGGACACGUAGCAGCGAGCAAGGAACACAUCGCAGCGAACAAGGACACGUAGCAGCGAGCAAGGAACACAUCGCAGCGAACGAGGAACACAUCGCAGCGAGCAAGGAACACAUAGCAGCGAGCAAGGAACACAUAGCAGCGAACAAGGAACCCGUAGCAGCGAACAAGGAACACAUCGCAGCGAGCAAGGAACACGUAGCAGCGAGCAAGGAACAAACACAUCGCAGCGAGCAAGGAAAAUACCAGGUACCGCGGAAGAAUUAG